UAUUCAAUAGGGUCAAGUUGUCUUAUCCCAACAAGGAAUCAGUUUAUAUUAAAGCUGUUAACACAACAUUCUUGAGAUCAUCACAAUAUCACAUAUAAAUUCAUCAUUGUUUGCAGCUUCAACACAUUCAAGAAUGGAACUAAUCAUGUUAAUGGUGAUUGUGGUAGUUUUGGUUUUACUAGUUUUAGCAGUCUUACUGAAAACAAGGGAUUCUCCAAAAGAAAUGGAAGCAAUUCCAGGUACCCUGGGAUGGCCUAUUAUUGGAGAGAGCUUGUCUUUCAUAUCUGAAUUCUCAAGCCGUGCUGGUAUAUACAGCUUCAUUAACAAGAGACAGAAACUGUAUGGGAAGGUGUUCAAGAGUUAUGUAUUGGGAAGGUACACUGUAUUCAUGGCUGGAAGAGAAGCAAGUAAAAUCUUGUUGACAGGAAAAGAUGGAAUGGUGAGCUUAAACCUUUUCUACACAGGACAGCAAGUACUUGGACCUACUAGCUUGCUCCAACAGACGGGAGAGUCGCACAAGAGACUCCGAAAAGUAAUUGCUGAACCACUUUCACUUGAUGGACUUAAGAAGUAUUUUCAAUUUAUCAACAGCUUAGCUAUUGAAACAUUGGAUCAGUGGUCUGGAAGAAAAGUCUUGGUUCUUGAAGAAGCUUCCACAUUCACACUCAAGGUGAUAGGCAAUAUGAUAAUGAGCUUAGAUCCAACUGGUCAGGAACAAGAGAAAUUUCGAACCAAUUUCAAGAUUAUUUCUGCCUCUUUUUCUUCCUUACCCUUUAAGGUCCCGGGAACUGCAUUUUAUCGUGGCAUUCAGGCUCGUGAUCGAAUGUAUGCUCUGUUAGACUCGAUAAUUGACCAACGGAGAAGUGGGAAAAGCUUGAAACAAGAUUUCUUGCAAUCCCUGGUAAAGAAGCAUGGCAAAGAUGCAUCAGAAGGAGAUGAUGAUGAUGAUGAUGAUGAUAAACUCACCGAUAAACAACUGAAGGAUAACAUAUUAACACUGCUAGUUGCAGGACAUGAUACUACAACUGCUGCUUUGACAUGGCUCGUCAAAUAUAUUCAAGAAAAUCCUGUUGUAUUGGAACGAUUAAGGGAGGAACAUAGAGAAAUUCAAGCUCGAAAACAAGGCACAUUAGAUCUUGCCUGGUCUGAAGUCAACAAUAUGCCUUACACCGCCAAAGUAAUAAGUGAAACUCUUAGAAUGGCAACAAUCCUGCCUUGGUUUUCAAGAAAAGCAGCAAUGGAUUUUGAAAUUGAUGGAUUCAAAAUCAAGAAGGGAUGGUCUCUUAACUUGGAUGUAGUGUCUAUCCACCGCGACCCCAAGAUUUUUGUUAAUCCUGAGAAGUUUGAUCCUUCUAGAUUUGAUGGGCCUCUAAAACCUUUCAGCUUCCUUGGAUUUGGAAGCGGACCACGAAUGUGUCCUGGAAUCAACCUCGCCAAACUGGAAAUUUCUGUUUUCCUUCAUCAUCUUGUCUGCAGAUACAAAUGGACACCUUUAGACACAGACGAUUCUGUUCAGCCAACACUUGUCAGGAUGCCGAAGAACAAGUAUCCCGUCAUGGUUGAGACACUUUAGAUAAUGUCUUUCUUUUACAUUGUAUUAAAAAGAGGAAAAGACAGUAUUUUCAGAUUUAUAGGAGAAUGUAACAGCAGAAAUAAGGAAAAGGUGCUAACUCCUGGUUCCAGUUGAACCAAUUAGUAACCAAGAAGUUGGAAUAGUUCCUAAAGAUCCAUUGUUAAAUUGCAAGAUAAGGUAUGAAACUCUUUGAUGAUGAUAAAAAAAUGGUAAUCUA